GCGAGCCAAGCGAGGGGUGCUUCAUUGCACAAGGCGCUGUCGCAGCAGCGCAGAUAGCGCGCCGGUAAUCGUGCGGUGACGAACGAGGAGCCGGUAUGCGCCGAUUCGUGGUGGUGGAGGCAACCGUGUUUUGCGGGUUGUUAUGCCCAUCGAACGCGCACACGCGAUGUUGGCUAUGGUAGCAGGUGCGAGUGAGAAGGCCAAUCGUCUCGUGUACGAACGGAGGUGAGGUCUUCCCUUUGCGCGUGCCCUCCUCUACUGCCACCCUUUCCCGACGCCAGCGCACCUCACUACUCUGCCGUCCACAAGAUAGGCGCCGCCGCAUUCAAAGGGCGGGCCGCGCUACCGGUGAAAGCAUUUACCUCCCCUGGCGCUUUCGUCAAACUUAACCUUUACUGCACGCUCAGUCGCUAGUCUUGAGUCUGGACUGCUCUUUUGGGGUCGUGCUAUCCUAGCUUCAUUGCCAGUAACCCCCAAGAGCAGCCGCAGAUCUGCACCUUGUAAUCACCUACAUCUGCAAUCUUUGUGCAGUGACGCUAAAGAAAUGAGUCCACCGUGGCUAAAGGCAUUGCCUGAAGUCGCGUCCUCUCGUCUCGCUGACCGUGUGCUCGGCUUUCUACUGCUCUCCGCGCUCAUCGUCUGCGAAUCCAACGCGGCGUCCGUAACCGGUGUUGGUCGCCCGCGCGUGGUCCUCAUCCUGGUGGAUGGCGUGCGUUGGGACUACCUGUCCGAAGCGGACCUGCCAGGCUUCGGCGAAUUGGCCCAGACGGGAGUGAAGGCCGAGUACGUGGUGCCCAUCAUGCCGGCCAACUCUUACCCCAAUUGGUACAGCAUCGUCACCGGUCUGUACGGAGAACGGCACGGCUUCGUGCAGAAUUACAUGUACGAUGAAAAGAACGAUGACUUCUUUACGAUGGCACCCAACCCGAAUGCAUCGCUCCCGCAUUGGUGGAAUCAUGCGGAGCCAGUCUGGGUCACGGCCGAGAAAAACGGUCUGCGCACUGGAAUGUACUGGUGGGAUGGCUGCCAGGUGGAAAUACGAGGCGUCAAGCCCACGAAAUGCAUUCCAUACAGGGAUUACUGGAAGUGGCCUACGGUUGAAAAUGACACUAAAGCCGCGCUGUCUGAAAUAGUGGACAAUUUUAAACAAAACAAAUUCGAUUUUGCACUUGUUUAUUACGAAGCCGUCGAUGCGGAAGGACAUGGCAGUGGUCCUGACUCCAUGGAGCGACGACGAGCGCUCAAAAGCGCCGACAAUGUCAUCAAACAUCUGCUUGACGAAGCCAAGAGGCAGAACAUUCGCGAUCAGCUCAGCCUCAUCGUGGUGUCUGACCAUGGCAUGACCGACACCACCGAAGGAAAGUUCGAGCUGAUCGACAUCCAGCCUCAUAUUGACGCCAACGACAUUCAUUCCAUGCUUGACGGCGGGUCGUUCGCCAUGCUUCGGCCCCACCCGGACAAGAUUGAAAAGGUAUACACCAAGCUCAAAAGCUUGAACAUCAAGGGCCUCAACGUUUUCAAGAGAGAGGAGCUGCCUGAGUUGUACCAUCUCAAGGAGACUUACUUGACGCAACCCAUUGUGCUCACAGCAGAUCCGGGAUACCAGAUCAAGAAGCUUCAAGGAACUGAUAAGCAGGUGCCCAAGUCAAAUAGGAUAUACAAGGGAAAUCACGGAUACGACCCCAUGAAGCUCGAAGACAUGCGUGCCAUCUUUCUGGCCACUGGUCCAGGACUGAAACAGGGUUUCCAGAACGGGCCUGUGCGUAUGGUGGACCACUACAACGUCAUCUGCCGGCAGCUGGGCAUCCAGCCGCUCGAGAACAGUGGCAGUCAGGACAAUGUGCGGGACAUGUUUGCGGGUGGAGCCAGUGGAAGCGCUGCUGCUUCACUCUCUAUACUCCUAGUCCCCAACAUACUGCUUGCGGCACGCGGUUACUUAUAUCACUGAUGGCACACUGACCCACUGGUAGAAGAAAAAAAGUAAUUGUUGACCGCGGGUACGGUCAUUCGCCGUGUCGUUUUAAUUGCUUUUACAAGCCCCUCAUGCUCUUCUUUUUAAAUUUAGUAGUACUAUGCACCCAGCGCACAACGCGUUUUAUUUGAGGUUCUCAUCGUGAUCGAUAUUUUUUUAACCCUACGUCUCUCUGUGCCGUAGACGUUUCCAACCUGGCCUAAACAGGCCCCGAACAAAACGCCGCAGCUGCUAAAGCUGAUCGAACAGGCACUGUUCUGAGGUAUGCCACCUUUCUCUUGAUGUACAAAUCUUAUUGUCAGAGAACUCUUUCCAUGUUAACGAAGCCUCAGAAUAUUGAUGUGAGAUAAACACUUCAUCAUUACGCGAAUUUUCACACCGAGAAACUCGUAUUACUGGUGCCAAAUCUUGAAACGUCAAGAAACUGUUCCGUCUUAAGACGUAUCAUGAAGUGGAGAAUGCAAUAAACUUUUCAAAUUAAGGAAACCUAUAGUUUGUAUUUGUAAACAAAUACAAAAAGGACAAAUAUGCAAAAGGAGUGAUGUUCUCAAUGUGCUGUCCAGAAUAUUUUCACUGGUGACACGUUUGCUCACGAUGUCACUCAUCGCAGCUCUCUCUAGGUUUAUAGGGUUCCCAUGCAUUGACUCUAACCGGUGUGACAGAUAUUACGCCCGUUGGUUUUGAGAAAUGGAAAGCUCCCCCUUCACCGGUGCAUCCAAUUUCACUCCGUGCUCAUCGUACCAAAUUUAGACCCAAUGUGCAUGAAUGGCAUUUGUAACCCAUUUCACCUCUUUACAGUUUGUCGAUCCAAUCUUCAAAACUAUUGCACAUGUGAUUGAGAUCUCUAUCCUGCUUCAGUGAUCACUGGUUAUAUAAGAGUUGCUUUCGUUGGCUGGGAGUGUUUGUAUGUCUGCUAUCUAGUCUACCUCCAUGAUGAACUUUUUAAAAAGUAUAAGCAAUCAGGUCCUUGACGAAAUUAAACCAGUCUACACCACUUUUUUUUUUCCGUGCAGCAGCCCAAAAUGAAGCUCAGGACUAGUUUCAGUGAUUCGAUGUCAAUUUGUUUUAUGAAAUUGAUGAAGAUGUUGACGUGGCUCUUGAAGCAGGCUUUGUAUAGCUCCAGAUAUCAAUUUACUCGACCGUGAUAUACCUGAAAGGGUAACAUAUUGACCGCCAAUUUGCUAGAGAGUUUCUGUUUAUGUCAAAUAAAACGUGUUUUGUGUUGUUAGACAA